UCUUUUAAAACUGAUUCUGCAGCCUUCACUUUUUAUUCUCUCACUGUCUUCUCAAAUAAUCAUCUCUCUUCAGCGGCAACUUUUAGAGAGAGAGAGACGCCAUGUGCGGAAUACUCGCAGUUUUUGGUUGUGUGGACAACUCGCAGGCCAAAAGGUCCAGAAUCAUCGAGCUCUCUCGUAGGUUGCGUCAUAGAGGCCCUGAUUGGAGUGGCUUGCAUUGCCACCAGGACUGUUACCUUGCUCAUCAACGAUUGGCUAUUGUAGAUCCUACUUCUGGGGAUCAGCCACUUUAUAAUGAAGACAAGACGGUUGUUGUCACGGUCAAUGGGGAGAUAUACAACCAUAAACAACUAAGAGAAAAGCUGACGUCUCAUCAGUUUCGAACUGGAAGUGAUUGUGAAGUGAUUGCCCAUCUUUAUGAAGAAUAUGGGGAGGAUUUUGUGGACAUGUUGGAUGGAAUGUUCUCCUUUAUCCUUCUUGACACCCGUGACAAAAGUUUUAUUGCUGCUCGAGAUGCUAUUGGUAUUACCCCUCUCUAUAUGGGAUGGGGUCUUGAUGGAUCGGUUUGGUUUGCUUCAGAAAUGAAAGCUCUAAGUGAUGAUUGCGAAAGAUUCAUGUCCUUCCUUCCUGGGCAUAUAUAUUCAAGCAAACAUGGAGAGCUUAGAAGGUGGUAUAACCCACCAUGGUAUGCAGAACGGAUACCUUCAGCUCCAUAUGAUCCCCUAGUCCUGCGUGUGGCCUUUGAGAAGGCUGUGCUUAAGAGACUUAUGACAGAUGUACCAUUUGGUGUACUUUUGUCUGGAGGACUGGACUCAUCACUUGUUGCCGCUGUGGCUUCACGCCAUUUGGCCAAAUCAGAAGCUUCAUUCCAGUGGGGGUCGCAGUUACAUACCUUUUGCAUUGGUUUGGAGGGUUCUCCAGAUCUGAAAGCUGCAAGGGAGGUAGCAGAUUAUCUUGGCACUCGUCAUCAUGAGUUUCAUUUUACUGUUCAGGAAGGCCUUGAUGCACUUGAGGAAGUCAUUUAUCAUAUUGAAACAUAUGAUGUGACCACUGUCAGAGCCAGUACUCCAAUGUUUCUUAUGUCUCGAAAAAUAAAAUCAUUGGGUGUAAAGAUGGUCCUUUCUGGGGAAGGUUCAGAUGAAAUAUUUGGUGGUUAUCUUUAUUUUCACAAAGCACCUAAUAAGGAGGAGUUUCAUGAGGAAACAUGUCGAAAGAUCAAAGCACUUCAUCUAUAUGAUUGCCUGAGGGCUAAUAAAUCAACUUCAGCAUGGGGUGUUGAGGCUCGUGUACCCUUCUUGGAUAAAGAAUUUAUCAACUUAGUGAUGAGCAUUGAUCCAGAGUGGAAAAUGAUCAGGCCUGAUCUUGGAAGAAUUGAAAAGUGGGUUCUACGUAAUGCAUUUGAUGAUGAUCAGACGCCAUAUCUCCCAAAGCACAUAUUGUACAGGCAGAAGGAGCAGUUCAGUGAUGGAGUUGGGUACAGUUGGAUUGAUGGAUUGAAGGAUCAUGCAAACCAACAUGUCACAGAUGCGAUGUUGUUGAAUGCAAGCUUUGUUUAUCCUGAAAAUACUCCUACUUCAAAAGAAGCGUACUACUACAGGACCAUCUUUGAGAGGUUCUUUCCCAAGAAUGCUGCAAGAUCUACAGUUCCUGGAGGUCCUAGUGUGGCCUGUAGUACCGCAAAAGCAGUUGAAUGGGUUGCAGCAUGGUCAAAGAAUCUUGACCCAUCUGGCCGUGCUGCUCUUGGUGUUCAUGAAGCUGCAUACGAGGAAGCGGGGGAGGCCCAGAAUGCCCGGGUGAUAAAUGGUGCCCAUCAAAAAUUACCGCAAGGUGUUGUAGAGAGUGCUGCAGCAGUUGUUUGAUCGUAUAUUCUAUUGCAUUCUCGUUUCUCAGGUGAUCGCAACAUCAGGAAGGUUCCGGAUUGACGGCAACUAGUGAUUAAGUUAUAUGGAUCUACAUGCUACCCUAGGUUUUUAAAAGCCUGUUUUGUAUUUAAGUUCCAUUUUUGGGGGGUAUUAUUUGUUAGGCAAUGUAGAAGCUGUGUUCUCAUGAUGAUCUUCUUACUUCGGUGUUUUGGAUGCUAUACUUGUUUGUGAAAUCAGAACUACUUUUAUGUUUUCUCAGUACUGUAUGCAACCUUGCUCCAUUAGCCAGCUUCUUGAAAUGCUCCUCUCCCUAAGCAAUUCAGUAGCAUAGAAGAGAAAUUACAUGUUUUUAUGGGAGAGGUGUAUUUAACAUUUUGGUUUUUAUUUUUUAAAAACAAUUUGGUUUGAUCAUAUUAAUUAUUAUAUUGGGAGAGGUGAAUAGCUCUUUAAAUUAGUA